UAAUGAGUAAGAAAUGACACAUCCGUGCCAUUAACGGUCAUAAAUAGAGAUUUUUUUAAAUUGAACUAUAUUGAUAAAUUGAAAUAUAAGCAUAUAAAAAACAGUUUUAUUCUUUUUUUAUUUCACUGCUUCAUGGAAUUACAAUACAUUAUUGUCUCGAGGACGUUAUUAAAAAAAAUGCUCUCCUUUUUAAUUCUGAACGAGAGCCAUCCAAGAAAUGUCAUCAUCUUCCCCUUCCCCGCCCCACACCUCAAUCAUACAAAAAAAUUCUAAUGCGAAAAUUGUGAAACAAAUGAAAAUAACCACUAAUUUAUAAAUGGAACCAAAACAAAGUUAAUGCAGUGGAUUUAAUUAAAAAUGUUAAAUAAUUAAAUGUAAGCUUGUAUAAUAAAAAACACGUGUAAACAGCGCAAAACGACAUGUUCAAAAGUCGAGGCGAUAUUGUUUAUAAAUGUACGGUGCGACUUUUAGAGGAUACCGAGAUAUUAGAAUGUGAAUUCCACCCGAGUUAUAAGGGCAAGUAUUUGCUAGAGCAUGUGUGCCAACAAUUGAACCUCACGGAGACUGAUUAUUUUGGGCUCCGAUAUGUAGACGCCGGCGGCCAAAGGCACUGGCUGCAUAUGGCAAAGUUAAUAUUAAAACAAGUUAAAGAUGCCUCGCCAAUAUUAUUUAGUUUCCGAGUGAAGUUCUACCCGCCCAACCCACUGCUGCUCAAAGAGGAUGUGACCAGGUUCCAGAUCUACCUCCAGCUGAAGAGGGACCUCCUGCAUGGGAGACUUUAUUGCACUUCAAACGAGGCAGCUAUGCUUGGAGCCCUAAUUAUACAAAUUGAGCUUGGUGACUAUGACCCGAACAUCCAUGUGGGUAAUUACGUGACAGAAAUGAGACUGCUGCUCAGACAAACAGACGCCAUUGAAGCUAGGAUACAAGAAUUACAUCGGGAGCCAGUGGAGGGUACUCCGGGGGGCAGCGGGGGCGUCAAAGGCAUGUCCACACAGGAGGCCGAGCGCACUUUCCUCAAAAUUGCGUGCCAACUUGAUACUUAUGGUGUCGAUCCACAUCCCGUCAAGGAUCACAGAAGCAACCAGCUUUACCUGGGUAUCAACCACAGCGGAAUCCUCACGUUUCAGGGCAGUAGAAAGACGCACCAUUUUAAGUGGAACGAAGUGCACAAGAUCAACUUUGAGGGCCGGAUGUUUAUUGUACACCUCAACUAUCCGGAGAAAAAGCACACAGUGGGUUUCAAAUGUCCGAACGGUCCGGCGUGCCGCCACGUGUGGUGCUGCGCCAUCGAGCAGAUGCUGUUCUUUACGUUGGCGUCAUCAUCAGACGCAUGUGUCUACUCCGGAGGAGGUCUGUUUUCCUGGGGUACUAAAUUCAAGUACGUAGGACGUACAGAGCGAGAAAUAUUGGAACGUGAUGGACUACUAGCGCCAAGGGACUCACAGGAGGAGGGCGGCGGCAAGCGGAAAGCGUCAAGCGUCCCCGCGACCCCGUCCACUCCCAUGACGGGGGACUUCGGGUACAGCAGCCUACCUCGAUCAACGCAUAGUGCGCCUUUAGAAGAAAGUGGGGGCUUAGCAGGAGGGGCCGAGAUGUGCAACGGGGCUUGCCUACUGGCUGGUCCUGCCGUGGACAUAGCACUGGCCCCACAGGAACUGAGGACUCAGGAGAAACAGGCCCCCUGCGCCGCCGAAUACGUCCUGCGCGACUCGUGCUCCCCCUCCUCGUCGUCGUCGGGCGGCACGGGGGCGCCGCCCCCCGACGACUGGCGUCCCCCUCCCGCCCUCCAGCCGCCCCCUCGCCCCUUCUCCCUCUUACGAACCUUCAUACCCUCCUUCCUCUUCGUAUGGCUGUCGUUGGCUUUAGUCGCCUUGCUCGUGUUCGAGACGGAUUGGGCGCUGUUCAGACCGUUGAAGAGGAAACCGGAGUUGGUUUCGUUGAGGCAUCAUUACUAUGCGCCGUUGAAGGAGUAUUUCAAGAAAAAGGUGUUGGAGUUUUUCUGAUUUUAUCGAGGUAGGAGGUUGAAUUUGCGCGUAGUAGGGUACUAAUAUUAACCCUCGUCGUAGCACGAAGGUUGAUUGGCUGUAACCGCGCGCAUCUUUUGAAGUUUUUGACGGUCAAAAGGUCUCUGAUUAGGGAUGGCAGCUUACUAGGCUAAAAGCGUAAGUUUAUAGAGGUGAUUUCAUAGUUCUACCCAGUUCGUGUCAUCCACGAUGACGCGCAGAUCUUUCGCGUCAUAGUGAAUGACACGAUCUAUAAGUAAUAAUAGGGUCGCGCGGUCUAACCAAGUGAUAUAAUAUACUCUAGCAAGCCAGCUUUGCGAAUAACGGCAAAUUUGAAAAGUGUACACGCGAAGCAUCGAUUUCCGAUACUGAAUAUCGCGCCUUUUUCUGCCACAAAGUUCGCUUGCCAAAGUAGGAAUAGUAGCGUCAUCUUGUGCGCAGUUUUUUGACUUUCCUUCUAAUCAUCUUGCUUGAAUGAUAUGUAGGUACCUAAUACAGUUUAAUAAACAAUGUAAAUAAGAAAUAACUCACUUCUAUAAAUUUAUACUUUUGUUAACAAUUUUUUGCGUAAAUAAGACCAGUCAACGGAGACUUUAAAAAUGAGGUUGUCAUUUCCAAAAAAAUCCAUGCCAUGUGAGAUUUGUACGAUAGGAUAAAAGAAGUCGAUUGUAAAAUAUAAUAUAGCACGGAGAUAUUUUACUAGGAGUACGUAUUUUCGAACGCUGGUAUGAGAAUGUCGGAAAAUCUAACGCUUUUGAGAAAAAAUGUCGUGACUUUCAUUUGUGUUUAAGGACGAAUGUCAAAUUUAAGUCAAGCUGCAAAUGUGACGGAAUCCCGGUGCUUUUAAAUCUGUUGAGUCUGUCUGAUAAUUUUCCGUUAUUAGGAAUCUUUUGUUCCUUGUGAUUAAAAAAAAAUGUUAGUGGUUUAAAAUAAUAAAAAUGCACAAAAAAGUUAGAUACUAGAUAAAACACACAGUUUAAAGUUAGAAAUAUCUUAGUAACCUCAGGAUAAAUAAUAAAUAUAUGGCCGAAAAAAUUAUUAAUGGCAGGUUUUGGCCAAAAUGGCCGUUAUGAAAAUAUGCUUUAUAAUUAUACGACAGCUUUUAAUAAAAUAGACUCAGAUUUAAAAACAAACUUAGUAUAUUGCCUUAGCCGAGAGAAAUGAAAGUCAUUUUAUUUUUUCCUAAAAAUCUCUAACAAAUCUUUCAUCGACCUUCUAUUCAAGCUUUUGCCAAACAAGAACCAUGAUAUAGCAAAGAAAUUAUACUCAGUUUUUUUUCAGUUUAGUAAUUUUAUAACCUCAAAUAUAGUGGUAACUUUAUUCCUCCAAAAUUAAAUCUUAAUAACUAUGCACUGAAUUAUAGUGUCGUUUAUAUAUUAUUGAAAUGCAAUAUUAAAUAUCAUAGGAACAUAGCAUUUCGGAAGAUAAAGUUAAUUUAAUUUACUUUUGAGAUUAGAAAAAUUGUAUUUAAAAAAAACUGUCCCGAAAUACAAUGUUUUAAAUGUUCGAAGAAGAUUCCGGAAGUGAUUAUAUAGGCUUUAAUAAGUACCAAAUUCGAAUCUGACUGGCCAUGUGACUAUACUCCUAUUAUAACAAAUAAAAAAAACUACACAUUCUCUCCUUAGAAAAAACUAAUGGCGUUAUUCACAAAAGUGCUACAAGUCUCAAUUAGCUAUUCAUCGUUUAUCUUUAUCGGUCACUUUGACUUAUGUAUUAGCAAGAGAGGGAUGAAUAAUAAAUUCACUAAUUACUACUACUACUACUACUACUACUACUACUACUUAAUGGCGCAGCGACACAAAAUGAAUCUUGGCCUCCGACACGAGUACACGCCAGUUGUCUCGAUCCUGUGCCGUCUCCCGCCAGUUAUCGGCCUGGAGAUCGCGCAAGUCCGCUUCAACAGCAUCGCCCCAGCGAUAUCUGGGACGUCCGAUAGGCCUCCGCCCUACCGGGCGUCCCUUGCCCUUGCCCUUUUAGCGCCGCGAUCCUCCUCCAUUCUCAAAACGUGGCCAAGCCAGCGGAGACGGUGAGCUUUUGUUUCGCCGACAAUAUUGGCCGAUAAUUUGAGUAUUGAGGCUUGUAAAGUUUUAUAAAUAAAGCGCGCGGUUGUUUUGUGCGAUAAACGCAGCGUUCAACAGUAGGGCUAAGAUGGUCGGCUCUUUAUCAUUUGUCACCAUGCCUGUCACGUUCUAACAAGUAUGUAAGCGCAAAAGUGACGGGCCUAGUGACAAGUGAUAAAAAUGGAACCAUAUGCCACCGCUGAAUGUAGGAAAAAUGACAAUGCGCUUACCGCAAUUAUCUGAUUUAAAUGGGUGUGUGGCAAACGCAUCGCGUUUAACGCUGCAUUUAUCGCAGAAAACAUCCGCUCGUUUAAGAGGGUAAAAUUAUACAAAGUGACUUGUAAUUCAUCACAUCUCCGCUCAAAAAACAAAAUGUUUAAAAAUACUAAAAUUAGACCCCCAGUUGACUGGUCUAAAAACCUUGCAUACAAAACAAAUCUAUAUAAAUCUAAUAUAUAUAGCAAAUACGUCGAAUUGGUCGUCAAAUGAAUGUGUUUUAGGAUUCGAAUUUGGUAUUUGACUAAGAAAAAGAACAGAGUAACGUUUUGAGGAACGGAAUGAUUCCAAAGUGUCAAAUUUUUCUGACACGUUUUGACAGUUUUCCUAGUACUUAUAUAGAUUUAUAAGACUUGAUUUUCAAAACUUAAAAUAGUCUGCAAAAUAGGUUAGGUCACCGCUAUACGCUUUUUUACAGUACAAUUAAUUAUAUUAAAAAUAGCGCAAACAUUUUAAUCUAAGCACAACCUUUUGUGAUGGUCGCUUGUUUAUUAUCAGGUCAUUGUUAUGUGUAUUAUGUUUAAAUAAUGAUUGAAAUGUAUACAUGUUAACACAUGCGUAGCGUAGCCGAUAACAUGGCUUUUCCGCUUUGUAGCGAAAAGCGACUACGAACAGGGAACCCGCUGACAGCGAAUGAGUUAAUGCUUUCCAUUGUACGUCUGACUUUUUUUUUCCAAUCAUGGCCUGGAUGCGAGUCCUUUAAGCCAGUACGUCUGACAUGCAAUAGGUAUUUUACUGUUGUAUGGUAAUUUUGUUGAAAUCGACCCUUUUGUGUGUA